ACGAGGGUCGAGGUGGCAGUACAUAUUCAUGAUCUUCGGUGAACAUUUACAUCCAAAGCUGACCUGACAACUAUCAGUAGCAAAGACUGAGGGACUCACUCGUAUUGAAGACAUUAUCAAUGGCAACUCUGAUCGCCUCACACUUUGUGUCAAGAACUUCACCCGUCAACAGUCAUGGAACUUCAGGAUCAGAAACUAAAGCAAACAUGGCACAGAUAGGCUUAAGGAACCAGGCAAUGACCCAUAAUGGGUUAAGAUCUUUGAACAAGUUGGAUAUGCUAAAGAUGAGAACCCAGACAAAAGCAAUUGCCAGGCAAGCAGGGCACAAAGUAAAAAACACUGAGAACGAGAGGCCUGCUGGGAAAGUUAUAUGCGGACAAGGAAUGAACUUGGUCUUCGUGGGAGCCGAGGUUGGUCCAUGGAGCAAAACUGGUGGACUUGGUGAUGUUCUUGGAGGACUGCCACCAGCUAUGGCGGCUAAUGGGCACCGUGUUAUGACUGUCUCUCCACGCUAUGACCAGUACAAAGAUACAUGGGACACUGAUGUUCAAGUUGAGAUAAAAGUUGGGGACAGAAUUGAAACUGUUCGCUUCUUCCACUGCUACAAACGAGGAGUUGAUCGAGUAUUUGUGGAUCACCCAAUGUUCCUUGAGAAGGUAUGGGGCAAAACUGGAUCCAAAAUCUAUGGUCCUAGAGCUGGAUUAGAUUACCAGGAUAACCUACUUCGUUUCAGCUUGUUGUGCCAGGCUGCUCUGGAGGCACCAAGGGUUCUGAACUUAAACACAAAUCCAUACUUCUCAGGACCAUAUGGCGAGGAUGUUGUCUUCAUUGCCAAUGAUUGGCACACUGCUCUUCUUCCAUGCUACCUAAAAAGCAUGUACAAACCAAGGGGCAUGUUCGAAACUGCCAAGGUUGCUUUCUGCAUCCACAACAUAGCCUACCAGGGCAGAUUUGGCUUUCCAGACUUCCCACUUCUCAAUUUGCCUGAACAAUUCAAGAGUUCUUUCGACUUUUUUGAUGGGUAUGAGAAGCCAGUGAAGGGAAGGAAAAUCAAUUGCAUGAAGGCAGGAAUAAUAGAGUCAGAUAGGGUCUUAACUGUGAGCCCAUACUAUGCCCAGGAACUUAUUUCAGGAGUUGAAAAAGGUGUGGAAUUGGAUAACAUCAUUCGUAAGACUGGCAUAAGUGGUAUUGCGAAUGGAAUGGAUGUUCAAGAGUGGAAUCCAGCCACAGACAAAUACUUAGAUCCUAAAUAUGACGCCACAACUGUUAUGGAUGCAAAGCCUCUAUUGAAGGAAGCCCUUCAAGCAGAAGUUGGGUUGCCUGUUGACAGAGAUAUCCCUUUGAUAGGAUUCAUUGGAAGACUAGAAGAGCAGAAAGGUUCGGAUAUUCUAGCGGCAGCUAUUCCAAAGUUCAUUAAGGAGCAUGCUCAGAUCAUAGUCCUUGGAACUGGCAAAAAGAAAAUGGAGAAGCAAAUUGAACAGCUGGAGAUAUCAUAUCCUGAAAAGGCAAGGGGAGUGGCAAAAUUCAAUGUCUCCUUAGCCCAUAUGAUUAUUGCUGGCGCUGAUUUUAUGCUGAUCCCAAGUAGAUUUGAACCAUGUGGUCUCAUUCAGUUGCAUGCCAUGCGAUAUGGAACGGUGCCUAUUGUUGCCUCAACCGGUGGACUUGUUGACACUGUCAAAGAAGGGUUUACUGGAUUUCAGAUGGGAGCUUUCAAUGUUGUGUGUGAUGAAAUUGAUCCAGCUGAUGUAACUGCAAUAGCAACAUCUGUCAAGAGAGCUCUCGCAUCCUAUGGCACCCCUGCCUUGAAAGAGAUGAUUCAGAAUGGCAUGGCCCAAGAUCUUUCAUGGAAGGGGCCAGCCAAACUUUGGGAAAAGAUGCUGCUGAGCCUGAAUGUUGACGGCAGUGAACCUGGAAUUGAAGGGGAGGAAAUUGCUCCUCUUGCCAAGGAAAAUGUUGCCACUCCUUGAGCACGCGGCCUACUAGCAUCGGGUUGAAUAAAGUACACUAACAGAUCUGGUCAAGUACUAUAUCAUAGUAGCACUGUUGGCUCUUCACCUCAUUCAAGUUUCUGACCCGUGUCAGCAAAAGCAACAUGCCUGGUGAAGAAGUAAGUGCUGCUUAUAAGGGUUAGUGAUAUUUAAGGCUGUGUAGAAAAAUUGAUGCAGCUAACAUAUGCUGCUAUGAACCAGUGUAGAACCGUUUUUAGUAGUUCUUGCUUAAUAAUUUCAAGCAUUAUGUAAGUAAAUAAAAGUUGUCUAUACUAGUGUCUCUUUUGUCCUA